CUCACACCCGAGCUUCCCACCCAGGACCACGUCUGCUCCGCCUCCUCCCCUUUCCAUCUUCAAUUGCCGUCGGUAUCUCCCCUUCCCUGCUCAUCCCUCUCCCCUCCUUCUCUCCCUCCAUCCCUCCCAAUAUCCUGAUCUCCUCUGCUCCGGCUCAUCCUCCUCGUUGCUCCUACCGCUUCGUCUCCGCCUCCUCACAAGGGUCUCUGUGCUGCCCCAACCCAUCUCCUCACGCUCCCUUCUUCAUCCGGCAUAACAGGCUCACCGCAACACACGCCAUCAACAAGGCACCUCUCUCAUCUUGCUCCUCCCAUACUUGCAAGUUUAUUAUAGCAACGUCUUGCCUAUACCUGCAUAUACCUCUUCUCUCUGGCAGUGUUUUUAUUCACUCCUUCUGCCCACGACAGUCUUCCACUAGACCCUCCAGAAGGCGUCACAUAAUUUCCAUCAUACAUUGAUCAGCUUCGGCGAUCUCUUCGCUGCAACGCCAUGUCCUAUCGUCCUUCCUCUGCUGCUGGAGGGUCCACCAUGGAGCCGCCUUCUCGUGCAGCCACAGGUCCACUGCAGAUGCGGAUGAGUCCCAACGGCCAGACUAGGAAUACAAUGGCAGGUCCCGCACACGGCCAAGUCAAGAUUGCACCCCCUUCUCGGACAACAUCCAAGGCACCAUCUUCCUACAACUAUCAACAGAAUGCUGCCCCGGGCACUGCACAGGUGCAUCGACCACAGGCAGCACGGCAGGCGCCCGCACCGCCUAGAGUAGCCCAACCAUCGGCACAGCAUCCCCAACAUCCACCAGCACAACAGCAGCGUCAGCAAGCCGCACCUCCAGCCAAUCGACCUCAGUCGCGUCUGGAGCGAGAGAAGAAGAAGGAUUACAAAGAUCCGCCCAACAUCGGACCGUGGAAGCUGGGAAAGCUCAUCGGUCAAGGUGCUAGUGGUCGAGUCCGCCUUGCAGAGCAUGCUACCACCGGCCAACCGGCUGCUGUCAAGAUCGUACCUCGCCAUCUUCUUGCCAGCUCGAGGAUGAGUCUGGGCGAAAUGAGUCAGAAACAAGACAAGCUCACACUGGGCAUCGAGCGUGAGAUUGUCAUCAUGAAGCUCAUCGAGCACCCGAACUUGUUGGGCUUGUGGGAUGUCUAUGAAACAACAAAGGAGCUUUUCCUGGUCAUGGAGUAUGUCGCGGGUGGGGAGCUGUUCGACCACCUUGUACAAAAGGGACGAUUGCGACCUUCCGAGGCGCGUUCUUACUUCCGCCAGAUCAUCUUUGGUGUCGACUACUGCCACCGCUUCAACAUCUGCCAUCGCGACCUCAAGCCCGAGAACCUCCUUCUCGAUGGUACCAAGAAGGUCGUCAAGGUGGCUGACUUUGGAAUGGCUGCUCUUCAGCCACUCGAGCGCAUGCUGGAGACGAGCUGCGGAAGUCCACACUACGCGAGCCCUGAGAUCGUAUCGGGUAAGAGCUACAAGGGCUCGGCGUCGGACAUCUGGUCGUGCGGUAUCAUCCUCUUCGCUCUUCUCUGUGGUCGACUGCCCUUCGAUGAUCCCAACAUCGGCAAGCUGCUCUCGAAGGUGCGAGAUGGCCGAUUUGAGAUGCCCGAAGGCCUCGAGGACGGCGCAAAAGAUCUCAUCUGGAAGAUGCUCGAGGUAGACCCAGAGAAGCGAAUGAAGAUGCCCGAGAUCAUGCGCCAUCCUUGGUUCACCAACCAUGGUUCAGAGUCCUCUACCAACCCCUCCGGACCCGGUGCCGCUAUGCUGGGCACCGAGGUGCAACUGACCGAAGCAGAGAUUGACGUCGAGAUCUUGAAGAAUCUCAAGUCGCUGUGGCCUGAGAAUUCCUCACGGCACAUUGUCAAGCAGCUGACCUCACCCGGAUCCAACUGGCAGAAGACCUUCUACUCUUUGCUUGUUCAGCACCGAGACAACCACAGCAUGGACGACGAGGAAGGUUCAGACAGCGAGGAUGAAGCUGAAGACAUCAACCCACGCGCUGCACCUCCGGCACCCGCUGCGCCCAAUGCGGGAAGUCAGAAUUCCCUCGGACUGUCCCUCGGUAUCAAUGUGGCAUCGGCAGCGUCAGGUGCCAGACCUCCUUCGAUUCGCAUUCAGGAACAGAGCAGGCCUGUUCGAACCGCCGAGCCUUCGACAGCGACGUUGCAACCCGUCAAGCCGCCCCUUCUCAGAGCUACCACGGACCAGAGCAGCUCCCCUCGUCCAAGCAGGAAUCCGUCGCCGUCACCUCGCACCGCCUCGGCAACAGUAGCUACCCCUGCUACUUCUCCCAUGGCACAAAGUAGUCCCUACCGACCUUCGAACACGAGAGCCUACAGCGAUGCUCCUCGUUCGCCCGGAAAGCCACCUGCCGGGCCACGCCCAGCGCCUCCCGCUUCGCCUAACCCCAACCGUGCUAGUGUCGAUGUCGGUCGAAGCGCGCCCAGCGCGUAUCGAGCUCCUCCAACGCCAGUGCAGCCAUCAGCCCCGGCUGAUCUCUCUCGCCGUAUGACAUCACCCAGUCACCGCAAGUCUGCUGCAGAGGAGCAGACGUCCGCCGCCUCGUACGAUGUCUCUGAUGUUGCGGCUGCAGCCGCUGCCAUGCGUGCCUCCAUGGCUUCACCGACAAACGGACGGAGACCUCUGAGUGUCAACGCUCCUUCCAUUGCCGUCCCUCAAGUUGGCGACGCCACUGUUCAGCGCUUCUUCCAGGAAAUCGCUGCAGAGCUGGCUAGCAUUCGAGCGGCCUCUCCCACCAUUGCCCAGCAGUCUCUUGUUCAGCAUCAGCCGCAGGGUCCCUCGCGCUCACAGCAACAGCAAAGUCGACGCAUCUCUCAGGAGCUGGACCGCGGUACAGCGCCCGGACAGCCUGCCGUCAGACUUGCCCCUUCGCCUAUCGCUCCUGCACCUCUGACACCGGAUUUGAUCCGCAGUGAUGAGCACAACCAAUUCGACGAUGCUGAUGAGGAGCUUGCGAUGUAUGCCGACCAGAUCUCGAUUCUGUCGUCUGUGAUGGCAGCCGGUGAUGGGCCCUCUGUGUCGUCGCCGUACACUCCAGCAUCUUCGCCUCUGCCGCCCGCCUACGGUAGCAGUCCAACGACCAAGCCUCUGUCCGUCUCUGACAAGUCGACCAAUGCGAACAAGCGCCUGUCCGCUCACCGUGCACCCCAGGGCGGCCUCUUCGCUGUUCCACCUGCAAGUCCAGCGCCAUCGUCUGUGGCGUCUGGUUCAAGACCCAACAGCUACAUUGUCAAUGGUCCUCCUGCCACCUCCUCCGAGGCUACUUCGCCGCAGCUCAAGCAGAGUGGCGGCUUCAUGAAGCGACGGUCAUUGUUGGGACUGAGGAAGCAGCCUUCCAACAUCUCCUCGGGCUCAGGUGUCGAGGGGUCGAAGAGGGUCUCAAUGAGCUAUGAUCAGCAGCAAGUCUCCCCUCAGGAGAGACAGACAGCGCUCCCAGUCUCGCCAGCCCACCCCCAGCAGGAACUGACUCCCCUGCAGAGCCGUCUGGCCCACAAUGCCUCUGCCCGUCCCACGCGUCUUCAGCAGAGGAACCCUGGACUGGGUCUGGACUUGACACAGCAACAGCAGCAACAAAGUACGCAGAUGCAACAGCAGAAUGCCACCAGUCCCUCUGUGCUGAGCCCAACGACGCCUUACCAUUCCACCCAUGGCGUUCCUUCCACACCUUCAGCAGGGCCCUCGGCUAAGCAGAGCUGGUUCGCAGGUCUCUUCAACUGGAAGGCUACCUCCCUCCACCUCAAUUCCCUCGACGGAUUCGUUGGCACGCAGAUGGAGGUAAAGCGUCUCCUGCUGACCUCUGGCGCCAAGGUCUUCAUCGAGGACUCCGAAGCUCUGGGGUCAUGGAGGUGCUCCAUGAAGGACAACAAUUCCAAGACGCUGCGAUUCCGAAUUGAGUUCAACAUCAGCUCUUCUCCUGCUGGCUCCCACGGAGCUUCCUCUCUCCUCGCCUCGCCCGCUCUGAGCGUUCCCGGCACUCCCAUGUCCGGCACGGGCCGAGGAGGAUUGGCUCCUUCGCCGGCCCUCAGCUCUUCCUCGCGCUACAGCGGCGCCGAGCUGCUCAAUGCUACCGGCUACUCGACAAAGGUUACCUUCACACUCGAGAAGGGCAACUCGCAGGCAUUCAAGAACAUGUACUCUCAACUCAGGAGAGACUGGAUUCUUGAUGCGCCUGGAUUUGCUGGUGCAGGAACGGGAGGAGCGCAAUACUCGCCCGCUAUGGUUGGGUUGGGCGUGAACAUGUGAGGCGACGAGGAGGCCUCGAUUGGGCUUGACUAGUCGCAAGCAAAGGAGGAGUGUUUGCUCUCCUCCCGCCCGCCUCUGUGCAGAGAAUGCAAAUAUACCCAGAGCUGUAGAGAGCCAACAGCUCCAACCACCCGUUAUGUCCAUCAUCCACGCGUAAGCAUCCCCAUUCUCUAUCAUCCUCUUCUGCCUCCCCCCCUUUCUCGUCCCGUCCUCGAUCACUUCACGAACUUUUGCCUCCUUCCAACUUUCGACUACACGAAUGGUCCCUGCGUCUCUACUCAUGUCCAGCCCUCUGCUCUCUUUCGUUGUUCUUUCUUCACCUCUCCUCUUGUCGGAUCGUACCGCAUUGCAUCGUAUUGCAUCACAUCUUGGCCCCUUCUACUUUGUCUGCCCCUCUCUUUGCGCUGCUCAUACACUCUACAUGGAGCUGAAAUUGCACGAUCUCUAGCUAGCUAUACAUUCUUCUUGUCCAAUCUUGAAGCUACGCUUGUCC